AUGGCAGCAUCACCCCUGAAAGUGUGCAUCGUGGGCUCGGGGAACUGGGGCUCAGCUGUUGCAAAAAUAAUUGGUAAUAAUGUCAAGAAACUUGAGAAGUUUGCCUCCAUGGUCAAGAUGUGGGUCUUUGAAGAAACAGUUAAUGGGAGAAAACUGACAGACAUCAUAAAUAAUGACCAUGAAAAUGUAAAAUAUCUCCCUGGACACAAGCUGCCAGAAAAUGUGUUCAUUCACAGGAUCUGUGACGAGAUCUCUGGGAAAGUGCCCAAGGGCGCGCUGGGCAUCAGCCUCAUCAAGGGCAUAGAGGAGGGUCCCGAGGGGUUGAAGCUCAUUUCCGACAUCAUCCGAGAGAAGAUGGGCAUUGACAUCAGUGUGCUCAUGGGAGCCAACACUGCCAAUGAGGUGGCUGCUGGGAAGUUCUGUGAGACCACCAUCGGCAGCAAGGUAACAGAGAAUGGCCUUCUCUUCAAAGAACUUCUGCAGACUCCAAAUUUUCGAAUUACGGUGGUUGAUGAUGCAGACACUGUUGAACUUUGUGGUGCCCUGAAGAACAUUGUGGCUGUGGGAGCUGGGUUCUGUGACGGCCUCCGCUGGGGCGACAACACCAAAGCUGCCGUCAUCCGCCUGGGGCUCAUGGAAAUGAUCGCCUUCACCAGGAUCUUCUGCAAGGGCCAGGUGUCCAUGGCCACCUUUCUGGAGAGCUGCGGCAUAGCCGACCUGAUCACCACCUGCUAUGGGGGUCGGAACCGCAAGGUAGCAGAGGCCUUUGCCAGGGCCGGAAGGACCAUUGAAGAAUUGGAGAGGGAGAUGCUGAAUGGGCAGAAGCUGCAAGGACCUCAGACUUCCGCUGAGGUGUACCGCAUCCUCAAACAGAAGGGGCUGCUGGACAAGUUUCCACUGUUCACUGCAGUGUACCAGAUCUGCUACGAAGGUAGGCCCGUUCAGGAGAUGUUGUCUUGUCUCCAGAGCCAUCCGGAGCAUAUAUAA